GCCUCCUCCUGCUCUGUUCUGGCUGAAGAAAAGAUAAUCAUCCACAUGACACACUAUUAUAAAGAUGUCGUUUAUUAAAGAGGAGAGUGAAGACAUUAGGAUUACAGAAGUGUUUAGUAUCAAACAUGAAGAUACUGAGGAACAAACAGGUUUGUGUCUUUCUCAAAGCUAAACUCAUUUGAUUCUUAUUCACAGUACAGCUUGACAGGAAUUAAUGAUGUUUCUGAAGAAUGUUAUAUGAUUUUCCUAAUUAUGGCUUUUUUUUUUUACCUGGAGUCUAGGCUAAAGGGAUAGUUCACCCCAAAAUUAAUGUUAACCCUUAAUUUACUCACCAUCAAGCUGUCCUAUGUUUAUAUGACUUUCUUCUAUCAGACGAACACAUUCAGAGUUAUUUAAAAAAUAUAUAUCCUGGUUUUUGCUAGCUUUAUAAUGGAAGUGAAUAGGGGGUGAGAUUUUGAUGGUUAUUCACAUUUGACAUACGCUAACUUCUGUGAUGUAGUGUAGUGCACACUCCUGUGAUGUACUACGCAUUAUAAUCACAUGAGCUGCACAGCACAUAGGAGUGUGCACUACGUCACGAAUAUUAACACAAGUCAAAUGUGUAUCCGCAUGGCUCCAGAAGCUAGUUGUUUUGUUUAUUGAGUUUUAAAUAAAGAUAUUUGUCUUACACACUUUUAUUAACCUCUUGGAGCUGUGUGAAGUGCGUUUUAUGAUGUUGGAUGAUUUUUAAGCUUAAAAAUUUCAUUCACUACAAUUAUAAUGCUUGAGGGUGCAGGGUAUUUUUAUAAAAUACUCUUCACGCUUUAUAUGUUACCCUUGGGAGAUAUCAUCAGGAAACAUGGUGUUAGCUUUCACUGUUAUGCUGAUGAUACGCAGCUCUAUAUUUCCUCGCAGCCCGGUGAAACACACCAAUUUGAAAAACUAAUGGAAUGCAUAGUCGAUAUAAAAAACUGGAUGACGAGUAAUUUCUUACUGCUAAAUUCAGAAAAAACAGAGGUGUUAAUCAUAGGGCCUAAAAACUCUACUUGUAAUAACCUAGAACACUGUCUAAGACUUGAUGGCUGCUCUGUCAAUUUUUCGUCAUCAGUUAGGAACCUAGGUGUGCUACUUGAUCGCAAUCUUUCCUUAGAAAGCCACGUCUCUAGCAUCUGUAAAACUGCAUUUUUCCAUCUCAAAAAUAUAUCUAAAUUACGGCCUAUGCUCUCAAUGUCAAAUGCAGAAAUGUUAAUCCAUGCAUUUAUGACUUCAAGGUUAGACUAUUGUAAUGCUUUAUUGGGUGGUUGUUCUGCACGCUUAGUAAACAAACUACAGCUAGUCCAAAAUGCAGCAGCAAGAGUUCUUACUAGAACCAGGAAGUAUGACCAUAUUAGCCCGGUCCUGUCCACACUGCACUGGCUCCCUAUCAAACAUCAUAUAGAUUUUAAAAUAUUGCUUAUUACUUAUAAAGCCCUGAAUGGUUUAGCACCUCAGUAUUUGAAUGAGCUCCUUUUACAUUAUACUCCUCUACGUCCGCUACGUUCUCAAAACUCAGGCAAUUUGAUAAUACCUAGAAUAUCAAAAUCAACUGCGGGUGGCAGAUCCUUUUCCUAUUUGGCUCCUAAACUCUGGAAUAACCUACCUAACAUUGUUCGGGAGGCAGACACACUCUUGCAGUUUAAUUCUAGAUUAAAGACCCAUCUCUUUAACCUGGCUUACACAUAACAUACUAAUAUGCUUUUAAUAUCCAAAUCCGUUAAAGGAUUUUUAGGCUCCAUUAAUAAGGUGAACCGGAAACACUUCACAUAACACCAGAUGUACUUGCUACAUCAUUAGAAGAAUGGCAUCUACGCUAAUAUUUGUCUGUUUCUCUCUUAUUCCGAGGUCACCGUGGCCACCAGAUCCAGUCUGUUUCCAGAUCAGAGGGUCACUGCAGUCACCCGGAUCCAGUACGUAUCCAGACCAGAUGGUGGAUCAGCACCUAGAAAGGACCUCUACAUCCCUGAAAGACAGCGGAGACCAGGACAACUAGAGCCCAGAUACAGAUCCCCUGUAAAGACCUUGUCUCAGAGGAGCACCAGGACAAGACCACAGGAAACAGAUGAUUCUUCUGCACAAUCUGACUUUGCUGCAGUCUGGAAUUGAACUACUGGUUUCGUCUGGUCAGAGGAGAACUGACCCCAACUGAGCCUGGUUUCUCCCAAGGUUUUUUCUCCAUUCUGUCACCGAUGGAGUUUCGGUUCCUUGCCGCUGUCGCCUCUGGCUUGCUUAGUUGGGGUCACUUCAUCUACAGCGAUAUCAUUGACUUGAUUGCAAAUAAAUGCACAGACACUAUUUAAACUGAACAGAGAUGACAUCACUGAAUUCAAUGAUGAACUGCCUUUAACUAUCAUUUUGCAUUAUUGAGACACUGUUUUCCAAAUGAAUGUUGUUCAGUGCUUUGACGCAAUGUAUUUUGUUUAAAGCACUAUAUAAAUAAAGGUGAUUGAUUGAUAAAUAA